UCACCACAUCGCUUCAUGUAGGAAGAUGGCGAAGGCGCCGUCGUUUUGUGUGUGAUAAAUGAACUAUACAGCUGCACUACCAUGGAUAGCGAUCACACGGGCUACGUUAGCUUGACGGCGACCAUAGACAGUGAUCAUGCAGGUUACGCUAGCUUGACGACCCCUGCCAUGGAAAUCGGGGCUAAAUUUUCUUCGCUAGAAGAACUUAGCGCUGCACUCAGGCUGUACGAGGAGACUCACUUCACGCAGUUUUGGAGGAGCUCUUCACGAACAAUCCUGGGUGCCCGGAAAAAAGGCUUGAAGAGGCCCAUCAAAGAAGACCUGGUCUAUUCAGAAAUAAUCUUCAGCUGUGCAAAUGGUGGCCGGAAGUACACAUCCAAAUCCACAGGAGCACGUCCUAACCAAAGGACGUUCAAGAUUGGCUGCACAGCCAGGAUAAAGGUAGUUGCUUCUGCAGAUGGCAACUUCCUGGAAGUCAAGCUAUUGGAUGAUGUCCAUAACCACCCUGUCAGUGAGGCCUGUUUCCGGCAGCUACCAAAGCAGCGACGACUGGCAGCUGAUGACCUGCUUGAAGCCAAAAAGCUUCUCGCAUUUGAGUCAGAUGAAGAAGCCAUUCAGAAUUUUCUUGUCAGCACAGGCAAGGUGGUGUUGCUGCGUGAUCUGCGAAACAUGGGCUUUUCUGGCAGCUCUCAGUCGAAUAACCAGCAGACGCAAGUAGAGGAAAAUCAACGGCAGGGCAAUGCUUUGGAUGCCUUAGUGCUUGAAGUCCAAGGUGCAGGGGGUACUCUUGACGUUCUUGCCACAGAGGACAAUGCACUGGUGGGCGUAUUCUACCAAGACCGCUUCAUGCGCGAAGCCUACCAAAGCUACCCAGAGGUUGUCUUUGUGGAUGCUGUAUACAAGACUCAGGGCAAAGGUCCAUUGCUAAUCCUGGCUGUAGAGGACUCCAAUGGGGAAACUGAGGUGGUGGGUUUUGCUUUGUGUGCUGCCUCAGAUGAUAUCACCAUCCGGCUGGUGUUGGAGCGUUUCGUGCUGCACGUGGGUGCUGAUGCAAUUGACCGGACACUGACUGUCAUGACUGACCGUGAAAUGGUUGAGCGGGGACUGCUUCGCGACAUGUUCCCAAAUGCUACAGAAGUCAUCUGCAUGUACCAGGUGCUGCGUGCCUUUAAGCGCCAGAUGACAGCUGAGAAGAUGGCUCUAAGCCGAGAAGAAAAAGCCAGUGUGAUGGAGAUCCUGCAGCGCAUGUGCCAUGCUCGAGACGAUGAAGCCUAUAAUGAGCUUUUCCAGAAACUGGAGCAGGCUUGCUCAGCCAGUGUGCUGGCACACUUUGUGGCCAGCUGGCAUGAGAUCCGGUCCCAAUGGGUGCAGGGUCUACAGGAAGUUCCUACGUUAGGAAAUCGCACUAACAACCGCCUCGAAUCAGUCAACCAGAAGGUGGCCCACAUGGUGGGCAAGCAUGAAGUUCUGGACCAGCUAUUUCAUGCACUCAAAUGCUUUGCGACACGCCUGCGGAUUGAGCGUGACCAGCGAGCCAUGCAAACUAUCCUCAAGAUUGCGGCACCACCCAACAUGACAGAGGAUGAGCGCAAGUACAUGGCCUUCCUUACACCAUAUGCCUUCAAGCGAGUGUCGCAGCAGAUGCAAGCAGCUCAUUCCAUGGAGGAACCUGACGAGACCUAUGUGAGCACCUGCAGCUCAUGUAACUGCUGGGAUGCCACAUCCUACAUGCUACCCUGCCGGCAUAUCUUUUUCGAGAGACUUCGCACUGGCCUGCCUCUUUACUUUGAGGAAGGUGCUGCUCAGCGCUGGACACGCGAAUACUACAAAAGUGCCUGCCGCCUUUUCACAUCCGAGCCCAAGACACAGCAGCAGUGGAGUGUGAGUGCUGAUGAUGAGGAAGAGGCUGAAGAUAGCCCUACAGCGAAGAGUUCCCCUUUCGAAAAGCGCAAAGUCACAGAAACUGGAUUGCUCGUCCAACAGCUGGCAGCAUGCAUGCUGCAGUUGCCUCCAGGCCACUAUGAGCGAGCAGUGGCACUUGUCAGAGACCUCAAGAGUGCCAUGGAAGAAGGCAAGGAAGUGUGCCUUGUGCGGAUAGAGUCAAACAUGGAGGUGCAGUGAGAUGUGUUCAGGUUGUGCUUUUUGUCUGCCAUUGUCGCUAUGCCAGCAGGCAUAGCAGAGUUGUGAGUGGCUACACAGAAUGUGUGAAGCACUUCACAUCACACUGGAACUUCACAGCCAUAGCUGUUUAUCUGCGCUGUCAUCAAGUCAGACUGGCUUCCACAGGUGAAUUUUGUGGGGUGCACUGCCACUCAUGGUGUAUGAGCACCUUGAGCUUAGUAGCAAGUGCUGCAAAGGAAGUAUGCAUCUUCUGUUUGUCGCUGUUUAUAACGUGAAGCUUAACUUAGAGUUGCCCAAGAAGGUCCUUUUUGUUAAUUGCCACAAUACCUUUAUUUUACAUUUCGGUGAAUGAGACACCUGUACUCUUGUGGCUUUUGCCAGUUUCAUCAGACAGAUGCAGUAGUUGCAGAUACUUUCUCCAAGACCAUGCCUGUCAAUCCAAGGCACAAAUAUCUAUGCCAAGGCAUGUGCAGUUUCUUGAAAUACCAGCUGCUGGUAUCUGUGUAUAAGUGCAAGCACCACUUUCAGCAGCACAAUGUCUCCAGUGAAAUGCUUUCAGUCAAAGGACGUCGCAUGAAGUGUGUAAAACAGCAUUUCUGAUCCAAAAUGACCGAAGGCGUUGUAGGAUGAACAGUAUAAUACAGUAAAACCUCGAUAAUUCUAACUCGGUUAAUUUGAAAUUUCGGUUAAUUCGAAGAAUUUGAGCGGUCCCGUCAUUUUCGAUGCAAAUUCUACCGGAUAACUUGAAUGGGCCGCGCGGCUCUAUUCGGAUAAUUCGAAGUUUCCGGCUGGCAGCAACGUGCGGCUGUUAGGUUAGGGCGCUCCGUACAGUCGCCAACCGAUUUUCCGAGCUCGUGGGGACUGAAAAAUAAUCCGAAAAACUCGGCUGAAAAAAAAAAAAAAAAGAAUUAUUAGGCCACUUAGUACGGCUUAAAAAAAUCUCUAAUAAUGCCCUGCCUCAUACUACGCUUGGAGGGAAUCGACUUGCUUGGAUUUGCGCAGCAGUGACGUCUUCGUGUUGGCGAUCUCCGCCAACGGAGUUCGCCAUGGAGAUCGAAGAAACGAGCUUCGCACCGCUUUUUAGCUCUCGCGAAGGCACAGGAGGUAGCGCCGAUCACCGAGACAUGGGUCUCCGAGACACCUGCUCAGUGUAUAUGCCACGUUCAAAAUAGCAACCGAAACUUUAUAGAAAAACAAACAAACUUACUAACUGAAUUAACAAGCGUGGUGUCAGCGCGCACAAGCAAACAUGAAUAGAUCACACUCAAUGACCUCAGACAACCGCUGUCAAAACGCUGGCACGAACAAGUGCGGCCACCAUAGCGAGCGAAGGUUCGUGCUGUCUAUCGCUUUAACGGAAACUGAGUGGCGAAAGCACAGCGCAUGCGAAGGUCAGAGCCGUCUGGAGAUCGCUUUCAAGAUACGGUGCGCGCGACAACCCGCGAGUAUCACGACCUCCUCUAUAAACUUUAUAGAGGAGGUCGUGCUAAGUUCUUAGCAGAGUAGAAGUCGCACCCCUCCUCCUCCCUCCCACGCUGCCAUCCCGCUUUCCCCCUUUCGCGUGGGAGAUCGCGUUGCCAGUUCCCCUUGCGCCCGGUUGCAAGAUACGCAUUUCGUGCCGCAGCACCACAGAACACCGAUAUAACACCCUUCGCCCCCCCCUU